UAUCUGGGAUCUGUCAGACGUGUGAGGAUGGUGACUUUUAGAAAACAAUAUGUGGUGUCAAGACCCGUGUACUCUGAUGACAGCUUUGAAGAAGACCAUAAAAAAAUCUACAGGCUGCACAAAACCUCCUUGGAUCAUUUGAAAGCUUAUCUGACCUGUGACUCAAAACGAGCCAAGAAUGCAGUUCUCUCUUUUCUGCCCAUCAUUGGCUGGAUGAGGAUCUACAGAGUUAGAGAGUGGCUGCUGGGAGAUGUCGUUUCUGGGAUCAGCACUGGAAUGGUGGCCAUUAUGCAAGGUAUGGCCUUCUCUCUGCUGGCUUCACUGCCUCCCAGCUACGGCCUCUUCACAGCUUUCUUCCCCAUGCUAACAUACUUCUUCCUCGGUACUUCCAGACAUAUUUCCGUAGGCUCCUUCCCAGUCCUGAGUCUGAUGUUGGGAGCGGUGGUGACCCGCCUUGUUCCAGAAGUCGGACAACCGGCAAACAUCACUGGUUUUGAUGGUUUGACCCAGGACCAGCAGAGAGUCCUGGUGGCCUCUUCUGUGACCUUCCUCAUGGGGAUUUUCCAGCUUGCCAUGGGUGUCCUCCAGGUGGGCUUCAUCGUCAGGUACCUGUCCGAUACUCUGGUGUCCGGCUUCACCACAGCCGCUGCCGUCCACAUCCUGGUGUCCCAGCUCAAGUUUGUGUUGGGGUUAACCGUUCCAGGCAUCAACGGUCCACUCGCUCUCAUAUAUACCCUGGAGAAGGUCUUUGUCCAGAUCACCUCCACCAACAUCUGCGACCUGGUGAUGUCCAUCGUGAUCAUGGUGGUGGUUUUCAUCGUGAAGGAGCUGAACGACCGAUACAAAGCCAGGCUUCCUGUUCCCAUCCCCAUAGAGGUUAUCAUGACUAUCGUAGCUUGCGGUGUUUCCUAUGGCUUCAACUUCGAGACGAGAUAUGAUGUUGAAGUUGUUGGCAAAAUGGUUAGUGGGUAUGAGUCUCCUAUUGCGCCAAAUAUUGAAGUAUUUCAGGAGAGUGCAGUUGAAGCUUUUCCCAUCGCCAUCGUGGGCUUUGCUGUUGCCUUCUCUGUGGCCAAAGUCUACUCCAUCAAACACGACUACACCAUCGAUGGAAACCAGGAACUCAUUGCAUUUGGAGUGAGCAACAUGUUUGGUGCGAGCUUCAAGUCGUUUGCAGCCAGCACCGCUCUCUCCAGGACGGCCGUGCAGGAAAGCUCAGGAGGAAAAACACAGAUUGCAGGUCUGAUCUCUGCCAUGAUGGCCAUGAUUGUGACUAUGGCGCUCGGCUUCCUGCUGGAGCCUCUUCCCAGGUCUGUCCUGGGUGCUUUGGUGAUCGUCAACCUGAAGGGCAUGCUGAUGCAGUUCAGAGAAAUCCCGUACUUGUUGAGGAAGGACAAACUGGAGUGUGUGGUUUGGGUCGGGACGUGUCUGGGUGCCAUCCUGCUGGGUCUGGAUAUCGGUCUGGCGGUGGGAUUGGGGUUGGAGCUGCUCACUGUCGUCUUCAGGACUCAAUUCCCGCGCUGCUCUGUCUUGGUUAACAUCUCGGGGACAAACCUGUACAAAGACCGCAAAGAUUACCUGGAUAUAUUCGAACCAAACGGAGUAAAGAUCUUCAGGAUCCCCUCGCCUAUCUUCUUCGCUAAUAUCGAGUUCUUCAGGGACAAGUUGGUGGAAGCUGUUGGGUUUAACCCUCUGAGGGUGUUGAGAAAGAGAAACAAGGCUCUCAGGAAAAUCAAGAAGCUUUUACGGAAACAGGAUGGCGACAUAUCAGAGAAAGGCAUGAAGGAUCUAUUCUGCAUGAAUGUGGAGGAUUCAGAUCGGCCCUCCGACCUCAAUGACCCUCCCAUCCGGGUGAACUGGAACGCCGAGCUUCCCGCUAACAUCAGCGUUCCCAGAGUGGAUCUCCACAGCCUGAUCCUGGACUUCUCUGCCGUCUCUUUCCUGGACAUCUCCGCUAUGAAGGGACUCAGAACGGCACUCAAAGAAUUUGUCCGUGUGGAUGUAGACGUUUACGUUGUCUCUUGUGAUGCGUACAUCCUGGAGAAACUGCACAGCUGUCUGUUCUUUGACGAAGAGAUCCUGACCUCCAUGUUCUUCCCGACGCUUCACGACGCCGUGCUGCAUGUUCUUGAAAAGCACCAGGAGGACAAAGGAGGCACGGUGAUAAAAGAUACCAAACUCUAGAAGAACCGUCUCCAGGAGCAUCUUUUCAAAAAUGACCACAGAAUAUAGGAAAUAUACUGUAAUAUAAAAUGUGUUUUUCUCAUCACAACAUAAUCAAUAAAACAAAUAUUGUGUGUUUUCAGUGAGUUUUGUUUUUGAAAUGCUUUACUGCUGAUCAUGUGAACCAGUCCAGUAUUUCCCAUGCAUUGAUUUAUUUGUGGUGGGCCGCCACAAAUAA